AGGGAUCGUAUUUCUAGCAAGCGUUUUCACUCCCUGAUAUUGUCUGCGAAUGGCACAAAUCGUCAGGGCGCCUAUUCGCCCGACUCGACUUGUGGUAAUGAUGACGUUCGCCGUAAUCGCUUGCGUAUUUCUCAUUUCUUUAUAUAAUAUCGCGGCAUUUCCUUCUCCCACUUCCACAGAUCCAGAGACUGGCUUCACCCGAAAGUCAGAAAAUUCCAUAGCUUUGGAUGAAAAAAAUGCGAGCAAUGCCAUACUGGCAAGGCUCGAAGCACUAGAAAGGGAACUCUCCUCACUGCGAUUAAUGUUGGCUAGGAAAGCACCUCCUACCAACAGCAAAACGUUUCCAGAUGUACGUUUUCGAAACGAGGAAACUCGAAAGCGAAUUCUGGUUACCGGAGGUGCAGGAUUCGUUGGUUCACAUCUGGUGGACAAACUAAUGAUGGAUGGCCAUGAAGUAAUUGCGCUGGAUAACUAUUUUACUGGGCGCAAAAGAAAUGUGGAGCAGUGGAUUGGACACCCUAAUUUUGAAAUUGUUCACCACGAUGUCGUCAACCCUUAUUUCAUUGAAGUGGAUCAAAUUUACCACUUGGCUUCUCCAGCCUCUCCUCCUCAUUACAUGUACAAUCCAGUGAAGACUAUCAAGACAAAUACCAUAGGCACCAUCAACAUGCUCGGCCUAGCUAAGCGAGUCAAAGCAACUGUACUUUUGGCUUCUACCUCCGAGAUUUAUGGGGAUCCUGAAGUCCAUCCUCAGCCGGAAUCGUACUGGGGGCAUGUAAACACUAUUGGACCACGCAGUUGUUAUGACGAGGGAAAACGCGUGGCCGAGUCAUUGAUGGUUGCCUACAAUAAACAAGAGCGAGUGUCUAUAAGAAUUGCACGGAUUUUCAACACAUUCGGUCCAAGGAUGCACAUGAAUGACGGGAGAGUUGUGUCCAAUUUUAUCAUCCAAGCAUUGCAAGGAAAACCGAUCACGAUUUAUGGCGACGGGUCUCAGACGCGGUCUUUUCAAUAUGUGGACGACUUAGUUGAUGGACUGAUAGCAUUGAUGAAUAGCAAUUGCUCAUCGCCUGUCAAUCUGGGAAAUCCGGAGGAGCAUUCUAUAGCAGAUUUUGCUCACAUCAUUAGAGAUUUAGUUGGUAGCUCCAGUGAGAUAAUCCAUCUACCUUCGCAAGAAGAUGAUCCACAGCAACGGAAGCCGGAUAUAUCGCGAGCGGCCAAAGAACUGAAGUGGAAGCCUCAGGUGUCGAUGCGGGACGGGUUGAAAAAGACGAUAGAAUUCUUCCGAGAUCAAAUCAACGAGCAUAGACGAUUAUCUGAGGAACCUUGA